AUGAAUUGGAUAUUUAACAUCAUGCUGUCACAGUCCAAGACCGAGGAAGCCUUUGAUUCCACUUUGAAGGUCAUCAUUAUCCCCCAAAGAGAGAAACCUGGAUACAUUUACCAAAAAGAAGAUACACUGCAGAAUGAUCUUCAAAAAGAAACCACAGUUGUUGGAUGUAUUCAUAUCCUGUGUUGCCUGAUGAUUUCAAGUUUUGGGGCUAUUUUGGUUUCUUCUCCCUACUCUUCCCACCUCAAGCCAGCAGUUUCCAUCAUCUUGAUGUCUGGGUAUCCAUUUGUAGGAGCUCUGUGCUUUGCCAUUACUGGAAUCCUUUCCAUUGUCUCUGGGAAAAAAUCAACUAAGCCCCUUGCCAUCUGCAGCCUAACCUCUAAUGCAGUGAGUUCUGUUGUUGCUGGAGCAGGCCUCUUCCUCCUCAUUGACAGCCUGGUAGCCCUGAGGACUGCCUCUCAACUGUGUAACUCAGAAAAGGAGCAUCUAUCCUCCUUGCCUUAUUCAAGGUACCAUAAUCCAAUAUAUGAUGUCAAGAACUGUGUCCUGGAUGGUGUCAGUCUCACAGGUGUCCUGGUGGUGAUGCUUAUCUUUUCUGUGCUGGAGCUCUUAUUAGCUGCAUAUGCUUCUGUCUUUUGGUGGAAACAGGUCUACUCCAGCAACCCUGGGAGUUCAUUUUCCUUGCCUCAGUCACAAGAUCAUAUUAAAUAUGUCAAAGACUUCUUCAAGGGUACGGCUAUGAGUAACUGUUGGCUGUAG